AUGUCUCAACAAUCACAUACUGAGCAGUUCCCCAAGAACCAGCCGCCCUUGGCUGAGAGGUUGGCAUCGGCCCGCCAGCUCGUCACCAAGGCCAUCUCAGCAGUACCUCCUCAUCCGGAGCCUCUUCCCAGCCCAAAUUCCGACCAGGGCGAGCCCAGCAACCUGAUUCAAGAUGUCAAGAAGCUGGGCUUCGAAGACUUUGAUACCCUCGUAAACUUCUUUUCUUCGGCCGUCGAGGGCCAGAUCAACGACAAUGAGCUGUUGCUCGAACACCUCAUCCAGCUCUUUGCCAAGCUGCCCCAGAACUCAGUCAAGGGCAAGAGGCUAGAGAACGGCUUGAUCAACCAGCUAUGGAACGGCAUCGACCACCCUCCCAUGACGACGCUUGGAGAGGACCACAAGUACCGCGCCGCCGACGGCUCCGGCAACGCUAUUCACGAUCCCAAGAUGGGUGCGGCGGGACAGCCGUACGCCCGCUCAACACCAGCCAAGAGCUACCAGAACCCCAACCAGCCCGAGCCUGAGAUGAUCUUUGACAUGCUCUUUGCCCGCGGUGGUGAAUUCAAGCCCCACCCCAACAAGAUUUCCAGCUUCAUGUUCUACCUGGCUACCAUCAUCACCCACGACAUCUUCCAGACUGUGAGAUUUCUACCCGUCGAGGAUACCAGCGCAGUGCUAACAAAACGGCUACAGAAGAAUGGAACUUCACCUAUUAACCAGACUUCCUCGUACCUGGACCUCGCUCCUCUGUACGGUCGCAACCAAGCCGAGCAGGACCUCAUGAGGACGAAGAAGAACGGUCUGCUCAAGCCAGACACAUUUUCUUCCAAGAGAGUUUUGGGAUUCCCUCCUGGCGUUGGUACUCUUUUGAUCAUGUUUAACCGCUACCACAACUACAUCGCUACCAACCUGGCAACAAUCAACGAGGGUGGCCGAUUCCAGAAGCCCACUGGCGACGACCCGGAGAAGGCGGCAAAGUAUGACAACGACUUGUUCCAGACUGCUCGCCUCAUCACUUGCGGUCUCUAUGUCAGCAUCAUUCUCCGCGACUAUGUUCGCACUAUUCUGGGGAUGAACCGCACUGCGUCAAGCUGGGCCUUGGAUCCCCGUACCAACGAAGGCAAGAGCAUUCUCAGCCAACAGACCCCUGAGGGUACUGGAAACCAAGUGUCCGUUGAGUUCAACCUCAUCUACAGGUGGCACAACACAAUCUCCCCCAAGGAUGAGCAGUGGACAAAGGAUGUCAUGAAGAAGGUUCUCGGAAAGGACCCCACCGAAAUGUCGCUGAUGGAAUUCGGCCAUGCGAUGAGAGACUGGGAGCAGGAGAUCCCUGACGACCCCGCGCAAAGAGGCUUCAUGGACUUGCCUCGCAACGCCGACGGCACGCUGAACGAGGCGGACCUAGCCAAGAUCUUCAAGGAGUCCGUCGACGAUGUUGCCGGCUCCUACGGCGCCAACAGAAUCCCCGAGGUGAUGAGGCCCAUCGAGCUGAUGGGAAUCAUGGCAUCUCGUUCCUGGAAUUGCGCCACGCUCAACGAGUUCCGUGAGCACUUCGGCCUUACUAGACAUCCGACAUUCGAGGACAUCAACCCUGACAAGGAGGUUGCUGCGAAGCUCAGAUUCCUGUACGGCAGCCCUGACGCAGUUGAGCUUUACCCCGGCCUGAUGGCCGAGAAGGCGAAGCCGCCCAUGGCCCCGGGCAGUGGCCUCUGCGGUAACUUCACCAUGACCAGGGCCAUCUUAUCUGACGCGGUCGCACUGGUUCGCGGCGAUCGCUUCUACACAAUCGACUACACGCCAAAGAACCUGACCAACUGGGGAUUUAACCAAGCCAGCUACGACCUGAAUGUUGACCAGAGCCACGUUCUCUACAAGCUGGUAUUCCGCGCUUUCCCCAACUCUUUCCAGAACAACAGCAUCUACGCCCACUUCCCCUUCGUCAUUCCCUCAGAAAACAAGAAGAUCCUCGAGAGCAUCGACAAGGCCUACCUCUACACCUGGGACGAGCCCAAGACCAAGACCCCGCUGAUCCCCAUCCUAUCGCACAAGGCCGUCAGUGAGGUUCUUUACAACCAGCAGGACUUCAAGGUCAUCACUGGCGAUGCCAUCAACCACUUGGUCGCCCAGCCCAACAAGCCCCACUAUGGCAAGGACUUCUGUCUCUCUGGGGAUGGAAAGGAGCACGCCAAGAACCGCACGCUCGUCCGCAAGUCUCUGAUCUCCGGCCCGUGGGAGACGGAGAUUUGGAAGUGGUACACUCACAUGACGCCAAAGAUCCUCAACCUCAACAGCUUCCCCAUUCCCGGAAACAAGAGGGAGAUCGACCUGGUCCGGGACGUCAUCAACGUCACAAAUACGCGUUUCAAUGCUGCGCUGUUUUGCAUGCCCAUCAAGAACGAGGAGUCGCCGUGGGGCGUGUACACCGACCAGGAGCUGUACUCGGUCCUUGGCGCCCUCUUCCAAGCGGUGUUCAUGGAUGCCGACAUUGGCAACAGCUUCAAGCUUCGCACGAUCGCCCGUGAGCUUGCUCAGGAUCUCGGCAAGGUAGUGAUGCUUAUCGCUCAGACGAUCAAGAAGGCGGGGCUGAUUACAGACAUCGUCGCCAAGAUUCGCGAGGGCGAGGCGUCUCUUCCCACGUACGGCAACCAUCUUAUUGAGCGCAUGCUCUCCGAUGGCAAGGACGUCGAGGAGGUCGUCUGGGGAACCAUCAUGCCUGUUAUCACGGCCAACGUCGCGAACCAGUCUCAGGUCACCUCGCUCUGCGUCGACUACUACCUCGACAAGGAGGGCAAGAAGCAUCUGCCCGAGUUGUACCGCCUGGCGCACGAGAACACACCCGAGGCGGAUGAGACCUUGAUGAAGUACAUGCUUGAGGGCUGCCGUCUGCGUGGACCCGUCGCAGUUUACAGAGAAGCCACAUCCACACAGGUCAUCACUGACUACUCCCCCUGUCUGCCCUCUGAUUCCGACCCGACCGGUCGCGACCCCAUCACCAACCCCGACAUCGAGGGCACCAAGCGCGAGGUCAAGAUUCCCAAGGGCUACCGUGUGGUCUGCAACUUCGCCACCGCCGGCCGCGAUCCUGCCAUCUUCGAGGACCCCAACGAGGUUCGCCUCGACCGCCCCCUGGACUCCUACGUACACUUCGGCCUGGGCCCGCAUUGGUGCGCGGGCAAGGAGAUGUCUCGCGUCGGACAGACGAGUCUGUUCAAGCAGAUCGUCGGCCUCAAGAACCUGCGCCGCGCGCCUGGCGGACGGGGCGAGAUGAAGAACUUCCCUGCUUCCCCGUGGAACGGACAAGUCGGUCUGCCUGUGGAGGGCCAGAAUGGAAGCGCGGCGCAUCAGCAGCCUUGGCUCGGACUGAGGGCGUUCAUGACUGUUGACCAAAGCUCGUUGUGGCCUAUCCCCACGACGAUGCGUGUGCAAUGGGAUGAGUAA